AUGCGCGUGUCGGGCGAGUUCGAGGUGUGCGAGGCCGGCACGGUGGCCGCGAGCGGCCGCAUCUUCCUGGCCGAGGACCGGCAGAAGCUUUUGGACCACGAGGUGCCCUCUGGGCCCCCGGAGUCCAUGACCUUUGACCUCGACGCCGAAGACAUCUACAAGGAGCUGCGCCUCCGGGGGUACGAGUACUCGGGAAGCUUCCAGGGCAUCUUGAAGGCCGACAUCCUGCACCCCUACGGCAAACUCAAGUGGGAGGACAACUGGGUGACCUUUCUGGACAGCAUGCUCCAGUUCAGCGUUCUCAGCAACCCUGUGCGCUCUUUCAACCUGCCCGUCAGGAUCCACUCGUGCAAAGUGGACCCGGCCGUCCACGCCAAGGUCGUCGGUGGAGCGGGAGACCAAGGAGUGGACGUGUUCUACGAGAAGUACCUCAACGCCUUCCGCACCGGCGGCGUGGCCAUCAAGGGCCUCGAAGCAAACGUGGUGCCCCGCCGGGCCAUGCAGCAGGAGCCAUUUCUUGAGGAGUACCAGUUCGUGCCGUACCUGGACGACGAGUCGGCUGGCCGCCAGCGCGAGGCCGCGGUCCUCGAAUAUGUCGAGGUCUGCAGCAGCGUGGCCCGCCGCGUGCUCGAAUCGUCCGGAAAGAACAAGGUUCAGAUCUCGGACAUAAUGAACAGGUUUCGCGAGGCUCCCGAGCAGGUUUUGCACAAGUACCUGGAGAGCCUGGCCGAGAACCACGGGCUGUUGCGCGUCCUGGCCAGCGUCCAGAACGAGGCCAAGAGCUCGGCGGGCUCCCUGGUGACCACGGUCCAGUCGGCUCUGGCGGCCCACAAGGAGGACCUCGAGAGGGACCUCCUCAACACGGCCCUCCUGAAGGAGGACCCACUGCGGCACCUCUUGGACGUGGUCGUCGAGAACACCGGCGUCAAGAGGCUAAAAGUCCUCGAAAUGGCCGCGGAUGCGGUCCCCUUGCUCCUGGCGCCCCGGGUAUCCGCUCUCCUGGCGCUAUCCCACAUCCUCCUCAAGACGGACCUGACGAUUGCACAUCCGCAGCCGGAUGUCUUGACGGAAGAGCAAGUUCCGGAAGACGCCAAGAAGAUCGCCUGGGAUGUGGCAUCUCCGCCACAGACCGCGCUUGCCGAGGCUGACCUCCUGGUAGCCCGUGACGCAGCCAGCAGCGAGGCGCUAGAGGCGCUCAUGGACGCGCUCGCGGCUCACUCGAGGGAGGGCGGCUUCGUUCUGCUGUCUCUGCGGACCGCGCUCACGCCCGCCGAGAUGUUCCUGUCGAAUGUGGGCAAGGUGCCGCUCAGGGUGCACUCUCGAGACUUCGUCGAGGCUUCCUUCAGAAAGCGCGGCUUCCGGGUUGUGGGCCUCCGAUCCAACAAUUUGUCUGCGCUCCUGCUGUUCAGAAAAGGGUCGGCGACGCCGGCCGGUGCAGAAAAGCAGGCGGUAAUCCGGGUCGGAAGUGGCAGGUUCGACUGGGUGGAAGAGAUCAAAGCCAAGGCGAUCGAGUACCAGGAGCAGCCGGCGGGCGAGAACGUCUGGCUGGUGGCCGAGGACGUGGGCACCAGCGGGGUCGUCGGGCUCACCAACUGCCUCAGGCAGGAGACUGGAGGGGACCACAUCAGAUGCGUCUUCAAUGCCAGCCUCGAAGGCGGCGCAAAGCCAGUAGCCGACUUCCAGCCGGCCAGCUGGGAGCACAAAGAGCUCGUGGAACGUGACCUAGUCAUGAACGUCUACCGCGACGGAAAGUGGGGCUCCUUCAGGCACACCGUGACGCAGUCACCCGGCACCCCCCGGCUGUGGACGGAGCACGCGGUCCUCAACGUGCAGACCCGGGGUGACCUGUCGAGCCUGCAGUGGUUUGAAAGCCCCCUGCGGUACCGGCCGGCCUCGGACGACCGGAUGCUGUGCAGCGUCUACUACGCGCCCCUCAACUUUCGCGACGUCAUGCUGGCCACGGGCAAGCUGGCCCCGGACGCCCUCCCCGGCAAUCUAGCGACGUCGGAGUGCGUGCUGGGGCUGGAGUUCUCCGGGCGGGACCCCUCGGGGCGCCGGGUGAUGGGCUUGGUGGUGGCCGGGGGCAUGGCGACCGCUGUGGCGGCCGACCCGGACUUCCUGUGGGAGGUGCCGGCGGACUGGAGCCUGGAGGAGGCGGCGACGGUGCCCGUGGCCUACUCGACGGCCUACUACGCCCUGCUGGUGCGGGGCGCCAUGCUUCCCGGGGAGGCCCUUCUGGUGCACUCGGGCAGCGGAGGCGUCGGCAUGGCCGUAAUCUCCAUCGCCCUCUCCAUGGAGUGUACCGUCUUCACCACCGUCGUUCGCUUCCUACGAGAUGGCACAAAUCUUUCUAUACACGUGUGCACCGCAUUUUAG